UUUUGUACAGAAAAGUCAGGCAUCUCAAAUCUGAAUCUUAUCUUUUUUAUACAAAUCAACUACUUACUUCUCUUCUUUGUGGUGGUAAACUAACAGACAAACAAACAUGCUUCUCCUGUGUUGUUACUCUUCUAGAGUUGUGUGAUUCUUUGUUCCUUCCUGCUUGCGAUUUGUUCAUUUUCUUUGUUCAGGUCAUCACUAUGGUUGAUGCUGUUGUUGGUAUAGUAAUUGAGGAACUAUUGAAUUCAGUUAUUGAAAUGAAAGACAGAGCUGUGAAGUUCAAACCAACUCUAGAACGCUUAGAAGAAACUCUCGAAUCAUUAGCACCAUUGAUCAAUCAAAUAGAUGAACUCAACAAGAAGUUGAACCGAUCACCUAAUGAAACAAAGAGAAUAAUCAAACAAAUGAAAGAUGGAAAAGAACUUGUUCUAAAAUGUUCUAAUGAAGACAAAAUCCAGUGGUGGAAUUGUUGGUACAAAAAAGCACAGUAUCAAGAAGAACUUGAAGCAUUGGAUGAAAAGAUUAAAAGAUUCUUUGAUCUUGAUUUGAUAGCUCAAAUUGCAAGGACUGGAUUGGAAACACAUGAGGUGACUAGGGAAACACUUGAGGUGACUAGGGAGGUUCAUGCUGAAAUUCGAAGUGUUCUUGUGAGGACUGAAAGGAUUGAAUUUGAAUUAGAGAAUAUUUGUCGGCCUCCUAAACCACCUGGUUUUAUUGUUGGGUCGGAUGAGACUUUCAAUAAGUUGAAGGAGAUAUUGUUGAGUAAGAAGAAUGAGCUUAGUGUCUCUGUUGUUACUGUUACUGGUUCUGGUGGUUCGGGUAAGUCUACGUUGGCCAAAAAGUUUUGCUGGGAUGAACAAGUAAAAGGUAAAUUCAAGAAAAACAUGUUCUUCAUUACAUUUGCGAAAACACCAAAGCUAAAUGUUAUAGUGGAGAGACUGUUUAAACAGACUAGUUACAAAGUUCCUGAUUUUCAAAGCGAAGAAGACACGUUUAACCAAUUGGAACAUCUGAUGAAAGAAAUUGUGAAGAAAGGACCAAUAUUGUUGGUCCUAGACGAUGUUUGGCAAGGAUCAGAAUCAUUUCUUGACAAUUUUGUGUUUGAUAUCCCAAACUACAAGAUUUUGGUUACAUCAAGAUUUAAAAUUCGAAGAUAUGGCGAACCACUCGACUUGGGUCCUCUUUCAGAAGAACAUGCUAUAAAUCUAUUUAAACAUUCGGCAUCCUUAACUAAGAGCAGCUCAAAUGUUCCUGAUGAUGUUGUGAAAAAGAUAGUAAGACGAUGUAGCGGUUCUCCCUUGGCACUUCUAGUGAGUGGAAGAUCAUUGAUUAACAAACAACUGAUAGUUUGGCUUAACAGAGCGAGGGAAUUAUCAGCUGGUAGGUCAAUUCUUGAUUCUAACAAGGACGUGCUUUCUUGUCUAGAAGAGAGCUUAGAUGUGUUGGAUUCUAAGUCCAUGGAGUGUUUUAGGGACUUGGGCUUAUUUCCUGAAAACCAGAGGAUCCCAGCUGCUGCUCUAAUUGAUAUGUGUGCAGAACUAAGGGAUGAAGAUGAUAAUAGUGCAUUGGAGACAAUUAAUAAUCUGGUUGACCAAAACCUUGCUGAUAUAAUUGUGACAAGGAAAGUUGCAGGUGGCACAAUUGACUACAACUACCAUUAUGUUUCACAACAUGGUCUUCUUCGGGAUCUAGCCAUCGUUCAUAAUAGCCAAGAGCCCGAGGAUAAAAGACAUAGACUCAUAAUUGACACAAGUGCAAAUAAUCUUCCCUCUUGGUGGAAUGCAGAGAAUGAGUUUCAAAUUGCAGCCCGCAUAUUAUCCAUUUCAACGGAUGAAACAUUUACUUCAAAAUGGUGUAACUUGGAGCCAACUGAAGUUGAAGCAUUCAUCUUAUACUUUCGAGAAAAGAAGUGUACACUACCAAUGUUCAUGAAGAAAAUGAACAAACUAAAAGUUUUGAUAAUCACACAUUAUGAUAUUUAUGGUGCUGAACUAGAGAAUUUCGAGCUACUUGAUCAUCUAACAAAUCUCAAACGAAUCAGAUUAGAGAAAGUUUCAUUUCCUUUCCUCCGAAAAACACUAGUGCAAUUGAAGAAUCUUCAAAAGUGUUCUUUCUUUAUGUGCAAUGUGAAUAAAGCAUUUGAAAAUUGCACAAUAGAAGAUUCAGAAGUGCUACCAAAUUUGAUGGAAAUGAAUUUUGACUAUUGUGAUAUGGUGGAAUUACCAAAUGUGAUUUCCAACAUUGUAUCUCUAAAGAAGCUUAGUAUUACAAAUUGUCAUAAGCUUUGUGCACUUCAUGAAGGAAUUGGAAAAUUGGUCAAUUUGGAAUCACUUAGGUUAAGUUCAUGCACUGGUUUAUUAGAGUUACCAAACUCAAUCACAAAUCUUCAUGUGCUAAAGUUUCUUAACAUUUCUGGAUGCAUAAGCCUUAGUCAAUUACCUGAGAACAUUGGUGAGUUGGAGAAAUUAGAAAAGCUUAAUAUGAGAGGUUGUUUAAAUAUAAGUGUUUUGCCACCCUCAGUUGAGGAACUUAAGGGAUUAAAGAAUGUGGUAUGUCAUGAUGAUGAGACUGCUGAAAAAUGGAAACCUGACAAAACUAACCUUGGUGAUUUAAAGGUAGAGGUUGUUCCAGAAGAUAUCAAUAUAAAUUUUCUUAACAAUUAGCAGUAAUGAUAUUUGGGAAUUAACUGCAGAAUUCAAGAACUAAAUGAGAAGGUAUUAUGGAUUUCUUUACAUUUUUCGAGUCAUUGAUUUUACAUUUUUUGGAUCAAGUGAUUGAUAUUUGUGGUUGAGAAAUGUAAAUCAUUCUUACUUGAUCUAAGAAAUACUAUUAGGAAAGAGUUCAAUAAAUCUCAGGAUUGAUAAUAAACCUGAUGAUAUACUUUAGGGUUAAAUAAGUAAAUAGUUCUCUUAAAUAUACCAACAUUUGAUUUUAGUCCCCUCAAAAUAUUCUUUAGGUUUUUGGUCCUUCUAAAAAUUUUCAUCUAUGAAAUUAGUCCAUACUCUACAUUGAGUAUUAGACUAGAUCAGGGACUAAUUUCAUAAAUGAAAAAUUUUAGAGGGACCAAAAACAUAAAGAAUAUUUUAAAGGGACUAAAAUCAAAUGUUGGUAUAUUUAAGAAGAUUGUUUACUUAUUUAACCCUAUACUUUAUACUUAUCUACUUUAUUAUACUUAAGAAAUGUGAUGCCUAGCAAAAUUCCAAUAAUAGUCCCAUUUAAUUUUCA